ACCAUCAGACUCAAAAAAACAACAAUCUAGAGUCUAGACAGAGAAAUAAAAUCAUCUGAAACAACAAAAACAAAAAAAGAAAAACCGAGAAUUAUUAAGAAAUAGAAAAUGAGUAUUAUUCAUCUUGGUUAUGGAUUCUUCUUCUUCUUGUUAUGGAAGUUUAUAAAUGUUUGUCUUUUAUCACCAUUUUUAACCCUCUGGAAGCUUCGUAAGAAUGGGUUAAGAGGACCAAUGCCAAGUUUUCCUAUGGGAAAUUUGGGUCAUAUGAAAAAAAUGUUGAUUAAAGGGAAAUUUUCAUCUUCAUCUUCAUCUGGAAUAAUUUCCCAUGAUAUACAUUCUUCUUCUCUUCCAUACUUUUCUCAAUGGAAAGGACUGCAUGGAAAUGUGUUUGUAUAUUGGAUGGGAGUAGAGCCAUUCUUAUAUAUAGCUGAUCCCGAGUUUUUGAAGCAAAUGUCUGGAUGUGUGCUAGCCAAGAAUUGGGGCAAACCUAGUGUUUUUAAGAAUGAUAGAGUACCAAUGUUUGGAGAAUAUGGUCUAAAUAUGAUAGAGGGUAAUACAUGGGCUUCUCAUAGACAUAUUAUCACGCCGGCUUUCUCUUCCACCAGCUUGAAGGGCAUGGCAAUUUUGAUGGUGGAAUCCACAACCAAGAUGAUUAGCCAAUGGACUAGUCUCCUUGAAAAUAAAAGCAAGCUUGAACUCGAUAUGGAGAAAGAAGUCACAAUGUUAGCCGGAGAGAUAAUUGCAAAAACUAAUUUCGGAAUCAACAGUGAAUUAGGAAACGUUUUGUUUGAAAAAUUAAGAUCUAUGCAAAUUACCUUAUUCAAACAUACGCGUUACGUUGGUGUUCCUUUUGGUCAAUUGCUAGCCAUACGUCAAACCCUAGAAGCAAGAAGGCUAGGACAAGAAAUUGACGACAUAUUAUUGUCCAUUAUAAAUGCGAGAAGAAAACUUAUUGGUGUCGAACCUCAACACGAUCUUCUUGGACUAUUGCUCGAGAGUGAAGAACGUGUCGAUGGGCAAUUCGUAAGGAAAUUGACAAACAGAGAAUUGAUUGAUGAAUGCAAGACGUUCUUUUUUGGAGGGCAUGAGACGGUUGCAUUAGCAAUGACAUGGACGUUAGUACUUUUGGCCAUGUACCCAAAAUGGCAAGAUGAAUUAAGAGAAGAAAUCAAAGAAGUGAUUGGAGAUAAAGAUAGCAUUGAUUUCACCAUGCUUGCUGGUCUAAAGAAGAUGGGAUGGGUUUUUAAUGAAGUAUUACGACUUUAUCCUUCAUCGCCAAAUGCGCAAAGGCAAGCAAGAAGUGACAUUCAAGUAGAAGAUAGAGUGAUCCCAAAUGGGACGAACAUAUGGAUAGAUGUUGUGGGCAUGCAUCAUGAUCAAGCUCUAUGGGGAGACGAUGUUAAUGAGUUUAAACCUGAAAGAUUUGACGGGGAUUUAUAUGGUGGGUGCAAGCACAAAAUGGGUUAUUUACCCUUCGGAUUUGGAGGAAGAAUGUGCAUUGGUAAAAAUUAUGCAGUCAUGGAAUACAAGAUUGUUAUGUCAAUAAUUCUUCGACAAUUCUCAUUUUCAGUAUCACCCUCAUAUCGACAUUCUCCGAUGUAUUGUUUCUCAUUUAGACCUAGUUCAGGCGUGCCUCUUAUAGUUCAAUCUUUAUAAAGUUGUAUAACAACAUUGAUAGAAAUAUUAGAAUUGUUACAAA